UGGUAAUUUUUUCUCACGACCCUGAAGCCUCUUCUGCUCCUUGGAUUUCAUGCUUUUGCUGUGAGAAUUACUUUUCUUUACCUGCUCUCUGAAGCCCUGUAUUUCUUCUCAGGCAAAUAAGCAUUUGCACUGUUUUCGGCGAUUUAAUAAUGGGACUUGGAGCUUUUUUGAAGGUGGUGGCUCAAAAUAUUGAUGUUCUUGCAGGGCCUAUUGUCACUUUAGUGUAUCCACUGUAUGCAUCUGUUAAGGCAAUUGAGAGUCCAUCUCGUGUGGAUGAUCAACAAUGGCUGACCUAUUGGGUUCUGUACUCUAUGAUCACUCUCUUUGAAAUGACUUUCUAUAAGGCCAUUGCCUGGUUUCCUUUCUGGUCUUAUGCAAAGCUGAUAGCCAUAUGCUGGUUGGUCUUACCAUACUUCAAUGGAGCUGCUUAUGUCUAUGAACACUACAUAAGGCCAUGCUUUGUAAACCCCCGUCAAGUUAAUAUAUGGUUCUUUCCGGGUAAGAAGAAUGCUCUGAAUAAUAUAUCCGAUGACGCUCGACUUGCUCUUGAGAAGUAUCUUGCUGAAAAUGGUCCUGAAUCCUUUGAGAAGCUUCUUCGAAAGGCUGAGAUGGAAAUAAAGCCCAAUAGGAGCAGCUUAUCAAUCUUUGAUGAGAACUACAGAUACUAACACAUGGGGGAUCUUAGAUAUUGACUUCUGUGUCGUCAGUCAUGUUGCAUAGGUCUCUACAUCAGAUGCGUUUUUGUGGGUCAGGAAGUGCUUAUGUGUCCUUGAAACCUGUGAUCCAGUUUCUUGUAAGAAGUUGUAUGUUCACUUCUGUUUAUAUGCUUCACAUGAUCAAACAAUUUCGCUUACUUGGAGUAUGUUUCACUUUCGUAUACACAUAUGCUGAUGUGGUUCCUGAACAUUACCUUAUGUAUCCAUACAUCUUGAUGCAGGUUUUAUAGUAGAGAAACCUUUCUAUGGGUC